AUGUCGUCUUCAACUCCAACUUCAGCGGCAUACGUAUCGCGACAGAAAAAUGUCGGUCCUCCAUUCCAAAGCGCCUGGCAACCACCAGCACCUCCACCUCCACCAAAGCCGAGUCAAGAGAAUACUCAAUUCAUGCCCCGGCGAGUGAGCCCAAUACAAAAUCCAACUUCCUCAACUGUAGGAAACACGCGAUGUAGCGCAAAGGAUACGCGCUUGGUUGAUGGUACGCAGAGGCUGCCUUUGUCUGAAGAUGAGGGACAAGACUGGGUACCAGUGAUGCUUACACAGAAAUCGAAACCUCAGCUCGUGGAGCUCCUUGAGCAGCCACAUCUCUUGCCGGCUAUUGCGCAUGCGUCAGCGACAAUGUCACCUUCGAUAGCUGCGCUAGAUGCCACGCUUGCAGCGGCGCUCGAUGAUAACAUUGCACUUGCCAAUCAUCUACGCCAGCAAGAAACUAUUCUCGAUGAGACACGCUCGGCAACUCAGGCCCGACUCCUCGCAGCCCACGCUCUCGAGCGUCAAUGGCACCUCAAGCAGGUCGACAUGGAUCGGGCACUUUCCCCUGUGGCACCAUCAUCGCUCUACCAACAGCUCAUUCACAGCAUUCAGGAGCAAGAAAAUAUAUGUUCCUCGCUAGAAGAUACCUUUCUAGAAGCCAAUGAGACCGUUGCUUCAGAAAGAGAAGUUUCUGAAUGGGUGCGCAGUUUCCGCGAGGCUAAAAGAGUCUAUUAUUCGCGUCUCGCACGUAAAGAAAGAUGGGACGAAGGACGUGUCGGUGGUUGGCGAUAG